CGUAACGUAUUUUCAAGACUUGAGACGACACAGAUGCUCUCAUAAUGACUCACUCUAAGGCCAUCUAGCCACAGUGUGAACCUGUAUACUAGUGACGGUGUGCUCUCAACGACUUCUGAGUGUAUGCUUGGCACGAAUACUUUCGCUUGGCUGCGAUAUCUGCUCUGUCGGUUCAAAACAAAGGACUAAUACCGAAGGCCGUGAUAAGGCCACGUCGUGUCAGCAAAUACUCUCUACAACACGGCACCCUUAUUUCCUGCUUAGGAGUGGCACCAAGGAGCUAUCUACGAUGGGCUCUUUCCAGACGAGCCGGACCAACGUCCGCGAGGUCGUAGAUGAGGCGGUCGCAUCUCGAGCCGAGGCCCUGCACGCCGUGGGUCGCUUCCUGUGGGAGAACCCGGAGAUACGCUUCGAGGAGCACAAGGCGCACGACACGUUGUGCAACUUUCUCGAGGGCGAGGGGUUCGACGUACGGCGACACUACUUCCUGGAGACUGCCUUCCGCGCGGAGUACGGGGAGGGUUCCCCCGUGGUGGCGUUUCUGUGCGAGUACGACGCCUUGCCUGGCCUCGGACACGCUUGCGGACACAACCUGAUCGCCGAGAGCGCUAUCACCGCUGCGGUCGCAGCGAAGGAGCUUAUCUUUCGCCGAAACGAAUUGAGUGAUGCACCUGUAAAGGGGAAGAUAGUAGUUCUGGGAACGCCUGCCGAAGAAGGUGGCAUGGGCAAAGAGCUGCUGCUGCGCGCAGGCGCAAUGGACGACGUCGACGCUGCGCUCAUGGCUCACCCCGAGAACAGGUCCGUUCUACGAAUGCGUUUGUCGUCCAGAAGUGGACUCACCAUGGUCUUCGACAGCGUCGACGUUCCAGACAGCGAACAACAACCCAGUGCCAUGGACGCCGCCGUGUUGGCUUAUAGCAAUAUGACACUCCUGAGGGCGCGUAUGGAUCCAGACAGCCGAAUUCAUGGGAUACUGAGCACAGAAACGACGGCCAGCUUCAAUGUUCGCCGCAGCCGGCUCGACAUGAACGUGCGGUCGCCCAGCACAGAGCGUGUCCUGCAAAUGCGACGCGACGUCGAGGCCUGCGCCGAGGCAGCAGCCAAGGCUACGGGCUGUCGCGUCACCAUUACUGACCUGGGACGGCUAUGCAAACACAUGAACUACAACGAAACCAUGGUUAGGAUAUUCCAGAAGCACGCCGACAAGUACGGAACGCCCUUCGCCGAUGGUCCAAUGACAACGGGUGCCACCUCCGAUGCCGGCAAUGUGUCUCAGCGGCUGCCCACGAUCCAUCCCGUGUACGGCAUCGAGUCGACCGGCUUCAACCACACGACAGAGUUCUGCCGCGUGGCCGGCACGAGGAAGGCCCAGGAAACGGCGCUGCUUAUUGGAAAGAUGCUAGCGCUCACAGCCUUUGACCUGCUGUGUGACCCGCAUCUCCUAGAAUGUGUUAAGAAGGAGUUCGAUGCCUUCGCCGCGCAAGCUGUAUGAACCGAUUGCUGUGCACACUACUUCACUGCGUCACUUCAUUCACAG